CGCGCCCCUUGACGUGCGUUUUUCUCGACACCGCCCCCGUUGCCCGACCAGUGCUGCGAGAGUGUGAUCUCUCUCUCUCUCUCUCUCUCUCUCUCUCUCUCUCUCUCUCUCUCUCUCGCUUGACCUCCGUUUUUCUCUACCCCGCCCCCGUUACCCGAUCAGUGCUGCGCAGCGAGUGUGAGAUCCUAGAGACCGGUCAUGGCUAAUAACGGGGCCCUCAUGGAGUCAGUGCAAUUUUCGAAUCUGUCACUCCUCCUCCUCCCUCAUGCGACAGACACCUCUCUCAGCACCGCGAUCCCUUCCGACCGCGGCAGUGGAGCAGGCAGUGGCGGCCAAGACGCCAUGUCAGGCGGAUCCUCCUCCUCCUCCUCCUCCCCUGAUCCUUCUCAACAGCCGUCUAAUUCUAUGAUGAUGCACAUGACCUUUUAUUGGGGAAGACAAGUGUCGAUAUUGUUCGACGCGUGGCGCACUGACAAAACCUCCGAAUAUGGACUUGCCCUGCUGGCGAUUUUCAUAGCGUGCCUUCUGCAUCAGUUCUUGACUGUCUACAGGGCGAAGCUGGAAGCUUCGUCGUCGAUGGAAUCAACGGCGGCUGCUUCUCGAAAAGCCCGGUCCAGCGGCCUUGUCCUCGGGCUUGCGAGGAAAAAGUUGAGCAGAAUGUCACGUGAAAGGUCGCCUUUUGACGUCGAAUUCAUGGCAGACAUGCAGAGGAGAUUGCCUCUGCUGCUUCUCGUUGUGGUCGUCUUCGUGUUUGUCGUCUUCCUCUACGUGUGCUUGUCGUGCCGGCCGUGGAAGCAACGUCCCAAGCGCAGGGUGUCAGCGAAAGGCGGUGUGCUUCAAGAGGGACGUCCCAUGGCGGGCAUACAGGCGCGCGCUGUUCUGCCUGCAGCUGAGGGUGGAAGAAAAAGUGCGACGACGGAGCCUUCACGGCGGUACGACCCGUCCAUGUACAGCCAUCUGCCAUUGUGGGAGACGCCGCUGCCUCCCUUGGACGAGGAGCCGGAGGGGGAUGAACUUCCAACGUUUCCUCUCGGCAGCGUGUCGACGCAGCUGUUGUUGCAGACGGUGCUCGCAGGUGGGUCGGCAAGCAACGGACGCGGCGAGUACACGACACUCCUGCAGCAAGGCUUGGGAGACGACGACACGACAACGGGGGAGUUGAUCUCCGUUUCGGGUUAUGUUCUGGCGACGUCGGCAUACAAGGCAGUCCACAUUUGUGGCGGUGCGUCCGUUACAGGCGGUGUCGGGCCAUCGGCAGCAGGCCGGCAUCAUGGAUCGAGUGCACCGUCCGCCGAUCGGUUGACAACCACCUGCCCCGCACGCGACGGAGUUGCAGUCGGGUCCCUGCGCAGCGGCGGUACACUUCAUUCGAUGCCCAAAACCAUAACGCCGGCCCAACUCGACCUCAGGGACGACGACACGUGCAGUCCAGCGGUGCGUCCAACACCCAGUGUGGAGAACAUCACACGAGGAGUGUCAAACAUGCGGGCACACAGCGAUGGCGGCGACGACGAUGGUGGUGCAGGUGACGAUGCCGACGAACGAUUCGGGGACGACGUGGAGGCAGGGGACGACGACGAUGACAUUCCUAUUCGCCCUUUGGGGAAGACGGGCGGGAGGGGUAGAGGACGCAGCAGGGGUGCUGUUCGUGAUCGAUCCGUUGGCCGUGGGGGCAGAGGUGGCGUCAGCGACGACAGCGGGGAGUCUGUGACGUACUGGACCCCGGAAGAGCAAAUGCAACUGGUGAGAUGCAAGCGGGAGCAAGAGAUGCACCUCGCCGGUCUCGGUCACAAUUAUGGGCGGAUGCGGACCAAGGAGUGGAAGUGGGACGACAUUGCCAAGCGCAUGGCGAACGCGGGGAGGCCUAAAGAAGCGGAGGACUGCAUGAAGAAGUGGGACAAUAUCUUCCAAAUUUACAAGAAGGUGCAGAGGUUUCAGAAUGCGAGUGGCCGGCCAGAUUUCUUCCGGCUAUCGAAUGAAGAAAGGAAGGAGCACAACUUCAAGUUCCGGAUGGAGAGGGCGCUGGUCUUUUCGCGCCUUCGGGAGGAUCGAAAUGACACGGCAUUGUGGGCAGGGCGGUCGCACGUGCCACCGUCGACGAUGUCAUUUCCCGUCAUACAGAAGCGACGUCGCGGGAGGUCCAUCUGCGAGAGACUACUAAAGUCCUGCGCAUCCCAACCCGUUCGUAUGUCGUCCUCGCCUCGAAGGUGUAUGCAGUACAGAAGCCCGCCGCACCUGCUGCAAACCGCCCACAACAACGACGAAGUGGUGCAAGCCUGUUCGCCGCGGAUCGCUGUGAUCGUCGAUCUUCCAUUCUUCUCGCCGCCAGUCUUCUCGCCGCGGAGUACUCUCGCCGUCGUCUUCGGCGUCACGUCUUCUUCCUCUCGCCGCGUAGUACUCUCGUCGUCGUCUUCGUCGAUCUUCUAUUCUUCUCGCCGCGGAGGACCGAUCUUCUGUCUGCCACGUCUACGUCGUCGUCUUCUUCCCAUGAACAGAUCUCUUGCGUUGGGGGGGGGUCCAUCGUCGUCAUUCUUCUUCCGUUGGAGGGAGAUCUUCUGUCUACCACGUGCACGUCGUCGUCGUCACGCCACAGCCGCACGGGAGACGUGCUUCCCGCUCAUCCGAUCACACCGCACAGGUCGCCCGCAAAACUUGCCACGAAACAUAUCUACGCGAGGGAACACCCGUGGGAAGAAGCGCGACGUAGUCGUUGACGACAGCCAAGGGCAGGGAAGAGGGCGGCGGCAGGCCCCGAAAGCGAAGAGGCUGCGUACGGAAGAUGCGUCAGCAACGGUGCCUCGUCGUGGAGCGCAAGGUUGGGCGGCGGCAGCUGAAGGGGAUUACGAUGAUGAGUUCACGACGGAGGAGGAGCAGGCGGAGGCGACCACGUCUGAUGUACACGACAGCAGUUGGCAGCGCUCUUCAGAUCACACCGCUUCGAAGAGGAUGCUGACCCCGCCACUCCAGGCGCAGCAGCUGCGUGGCUGCGAAACGCGGAUAGAGAAGGCUCCCGUCGUGGAUCUUGGCGGCGAUGAUGACGAGCCCUUGGAGAGACGUCGCAUUCGCAUUCGUACUACGGCGACCCCGCCGGAGGUGGCCGUACGCGUUGCUGCAAACGAAAGGCCAGUCUCGAUUGGCGCCGAGGAGGGAGGUGCUGCGGGGGCGGGCGGUUCGGGCACUGUGGGUGCCGUUGCGACGACGAGGGAGGAGGCAACAGUUGGGGCGACGGCGAAAGAGGAGGCGCGUGGCGAUAAGAAAGGCGAUCGGGAGGCUGGCGAGCCCGGUUCAAGCCGGGUACGUAGGAGUGUCAUGACGAAAGACCUCAUUGAUCGUGCGGUCCUUUGGGUCGAUGACAAAGCUCUCUGGACGACAGGGGAGGGACGAAGACCGUACAACAUCGUCCACGAUACGAGAGAGUACUUCGUCGCCAUCGCUAGCGGACUUCCACCGCCUGCCGUCCUUCGGAGCGUCGUUCUGCCCAAAUCCAGCACGCGCGUAGGCAAGAUCGUCGACCAAUCUGCAGCAAGCGAUCUCCCGUGCGGUGGCAGUGGAGAACGUGGCUCUGCGCAUCUUGCACGGUUGGGUAUUCAAGUACGGGAACCGCCCAAGGGGAUACCAUGUUGCUUUCCAGUACUCGCUAGAAUCCUUUGCGACGGACGUCGCGCGUGCUAUGUGGUACGGCGAGGAGUGGUGCGACGUUGUCAGUUCGGCGGUUUGCGCGCACACGAUAGAUCUGUCGAUGGACCUGCCACUGUGGUUCGCCGGCGCCAACCUCGAGGACAGACCGGACGACGACGACAUGGCGGCGCACCAGGAGUCCACCGUGAUCUGCGUCGCGCAUGCAUUCCGCGCGGCGGUGCAAAUGGGGGCGCUUUUCGAUGGCGAGUUCAUCUCGCAUGAUCGUCUUUGUCGGGUGGCUGACUGCUUCAGGCUGUUGUUGGCGGCGUGCAUAAUGCGC